UGUCUGAUCCUUAGCCCCCGCCUCUUUUUGGAGCUAGGAUUGUUUUGAGAGCUGGGUUGAAAUAGCAUGCUAGGUAGCUAGCAAACAGUUAGCUUCUCUAACCUUUCUCUCAGGUUGUCGGAGGUGCAGACACUUAUAUAAAAUGUCCAAACUACAGGACGGCCACAGGAAGGAUCUCAGGUCAACCUGGUGAGUUUAUUGACUAGCCUGGUGCCCUAUCAAACAGGCAACUGUUUGGGAAAGGAUGCCAGAGAUGACUGAAACCGAGACAACCGGUCGAAAACCAAAAAAGAAGAAAAACAAAGAAUCCCACAAUGCAGUCGAGAGGCACCGGAAAGAGAAGAUAAAUGCAGGGAUUAACCGCAUUGGCAAUCUGUUGCCCUGUUCACAAGCACUUAAACAGAGUAAGAACAUGAUCCUGGACCAGGCUUUUCGUUACAUCAACGAACUGAAGAAACAAAAUGACGCAAUGCUCCUGGAAGGCAGCGAUAAAGUCCAAGCGGAGGAGAUUAGACGACUGCGGCGUCAGUGUGAGGAGCUUCGCAAGGAGAGCGCCCACUACAUUGAACUCCUCAAAGCCCACGACAUCAAUCUCCUAGAAGACCCCACGGUCCACUGGAAGGGCAAGCAGCGCUGUGCCAAAGUGACUCCCACUCAUCAGCUGCCCAAGGGAAUAAUCGUCUAUUCCAACGGUAACGUGAUUUGCCCCGCAGGAAAAGAGACGAGCACCGGGAAGCAGCCAUCGGAAACAGUAAUCCUUCAGCCCCCCUCGGAAGUGAGUGCAAGCGUGAGGGUGAAUGGAGCAUUGCUACAAGUUACUUCUUCUGCUACUUCGGUUCGCUCUGGCUCGAGUGUUCCCCAGUCGACAACAGGCCUCACGGUAGUGGAGCGGUGUGUGAUUGAGAAGCCGCCUCAGCCACCUUCCGUGUCAUACAUCACCCUCCAGCUCCCAGCCGUAAACGCCGGCCCGCCCCGGCCACCUGCUGUCCCUGCCCAGACCGACAUAGCCGCGACAUCAGCGUCUCAGCUUCAGCCGCCCGUCUCCUGUCUCGCCACAUUAAAUCAGACAGUAAGGGAUGCCACCCCCAGGACUGCAAGUUACACUGCUAUCCCCAACAGCCAAGCCCUUCUCAGGGCGGGUGCGGCCGGUAGCACGCAAACCACAUGGACAACGCUUCAGAUGGCAGGCAACACAGUGCAGCCUGUCUGCCAGAGUCUAGGCAGCACCACCCAAGCUGUCCACCAGGUGACAGUCUGUCCCGUGGGCACCCAGCCUCCUUCCGUUCAGCCGAUUCAAAUACAGAUGCAACCUCCUGUGCCUGUACAACGAGCCCCCAUUACCGCACAUAUUCCGGCAAGGCCGCCACAGCUACAACCUGCAAUCCCAGUAAUCGCCCCGCAACCUCAAUGCGCCGUGCUCCCGCAGUCGGCCGUCGUGCCCCAGCCGACCGUGGUGGCCCGCCCCGCCGUAGUUUCUCAGCCCCAGUCGCUCAUCCCUCAAGCUCAACAGCAGGCCACCGUGCUGCCACUCCUCCAGACCAUGCAGGUACUGCAGGUCAACCCGAGUGCCGCGACGGCCUCGGCACCGCAGAACAGCAACAACCCCAGCGUGGUCAUUCUGCAGCAGGCCAACUCCUGCCCGAGCCAGCCGGUCAUGAGAGAAGAAGCGAGCAACCCGACGCCCUGUCAGCAUAUUGUCAUCAUCCAGGCUCCCAACCAAGCUGCGCCCGCCCCUCAGAAUCCUAACGUUGGCUUGGUGCCUGCUGCCGUGACUGCUGCUGUGCCUGCUUCUGUACCCGCCACUCAAACACCCAACAGUUCAACGUCGACAUUGCAGAGUGUGGGUGGGAAGCAGCUCGUGCACAUUCUCCCGCGUCCGGCGCAGCCUCCGGUGAGCCAUCAAUCUCAGGCGAGCCAGGCAUCUUCCGGAGUCCAGACAACGCCGCAGACUAUCACUGUGAAUGGGCAGGUCUUUGCCCUACAGCCCAUGAAGACUGCAGACAAAACCGCUACCCAAAGUACAAUCCAACUGGUCCAGCCUACCACCAGUGAAGAACCCACUACCAAUGUGGCUCUCAACAGUCUAGGGGCCCUCAGUAGUCUGAACCAGAGCAUCUCUCAGGGUCUUCCACUUAGCAUUUCUAGCCAGAGCAACAACAACGGCGGCCCGCCUCCGGCCUCUCCAUCGGCGGUGGCCCAGCAGAAACGACAGCCUCCUGCUCCUGUGACUGUCCCAGGAGCCGCGGUGGUCUUGCCUGUCCAGCAACUACAGGUGCCUCGCCUGAGCCCGGUCAAAUCUGGACUAGCGGCAAGUGCGCCUAAGCCUGCCAGAAAGAGGCUACGGACGGGUCUUCAGACUAAGCGGUCGGCAGCCAAAAAAAACAAAGCAUCUAAGAGGAGGGAACUCAGCCAGGCUAGUUCAGAAGAAAAUCAGAAAGCAUCUCAGGCCUCAGACAUUCCUCCCGUGGCCGCCACGACGGCAUCUGGCGAAACUGUACAAAGUGUCACUUCCCCACAGAGCUCACCGAAAACGGUUGUUUGCGUUACAUCCAGCGGUCCGACCCUAUUUAGUCAGCCCAGGCCGCAGAGUGUCGGCUCUGUCGGCACAAAUCCCAAUGAUGUUAUUUUUAGUCAAGCUAACGCGAGUGUUACGGCCACCGCAAUUGCAACUGUCAGCGCGACAUCGGUCACGUCUUCAGUGAGUGGAGCCCUGGCCACUAAUGACAAAGCGGCUGAAGCUUCAAACGACAGCUCGGCGGUAAGCGAGCCUGUAGAAUCAGGAGUGAAGCAACUAGCCACCAGUGCAGAGACUCGCACAACGCAAAGUAACUCUUCUCUUCCCGUUACGGUGUCUAAACCGAGCAGAACUGUUGUCACUGCUACAGGUGGCGGUGAUGUAGUGAACAGCUUUACCACUGCUCGUACUGCAUGUCCUACUUCAGUCUGCACCACAGUAACAGUCUCCGCAACGCAGAGUACGCAAUCAGUAUCUUGUCACCAGCCACUCAACAACACAGAUCAUGUGCCUUGUAGUAAAAAUGAGCCCACCCCUUCAUCCACCGAAUCCACAACUGCAACUCCAUUGUCGUCGGUUAGCGCCGCUAUAACAAGUUCGGAGUUGAGGAAAGCAGUUUCAGCCGCGAGAGCGCAAACGAAGCAACCCGACCCGAAUGUGGCGACUGAAGUGAAACUUCCUCAGCCACCAGGGAAAAACAGACAGGCCCAGGAAGAGAGACCUGCUACUAGCUUAGCAGUGUCCACAUCUGAUACGACACCUAAGAAAGACUUUGUGCUGUCUCAGAGGUUGUACACUAACCUAGAUGAUCAAAAUAUGGAGCCCCCGGUAACAGAUUCACCCAUGUCCACGGUGGCGGCGGGAGGCAGAGGCUUCUCUGUGGCCUCCAUGCUCCCUCAGGGUCAGGGCAUGAGCGCCUCCUCCGGCUCCUUUGGAACGUUUACCUUCACGUCCGAGCAGGCUGAGAUGCUAGCACUGGCUAUGCUAGAACAGGACAGUCCUGGGAGGAGGGCCGGAACCUGUGUCGGCAACGACGCGACUCCGGCCACGUGGCAGCCUCCGAAAGGUUCCGUUGCUAAAGAAAAAGCUUCCAAUGUACAGCAGGCUAAAGUGACCAAACCUGUAGACAUAGUAACAGUUAAACCGCCAGUUCAGGCAUCCGUCAGAGAAGGUGGCGAUGGGUCUGCCAGUGCGACCGGUGGAAGCAGGCAUCCACAGAACCCGGCUAAUCUCCUCACGUACUCCCAGUCUCACUCCCUCUCCCAGGCCCAGACUCAGAGCUCAGUCCAAAGUGGCACCGUCGCCAGCUUGAGUAUCAACAACCUGAUCAGGCCCAGCUCCUCUCAGCAACCCUACCCGGGCUCUCCCAGUCUGUCAGGCCAACACUGCUCUGUGCCCUCGCCCGCUGCCGCCUCAGUCCACAUUUCCCAACCCUCCAACAAUGCACUCUCGCCGUGCUCAGGUGCAGCCCAGCUGAAUGAGUUCGCCCCCAUGAAAACGGCUUUACUGAUGGCUCAGGCUGAGCGACAAGUUAAGAUCCUCUCCAAGCGGCAGGCCCAGGAAGAGGCCAUGCUCACCACAGGGAAGCGACCCAAGCCGUGCCCUCCGCCAGCCCCCACUGUGGGCCACAUGGAUGUGAAAGGACCGGACCACAGCCAGAUGAUGGUAGGACAACUGCCUCCCUCGUCCUCGGCCAUGGCGAGGAUUAAUCCGGAAGGCUCCCUCUUCUCCACAAACUCCUUCAUGAGCACGGUAGUUCGAGCCACGGAUGCCCACUGCCCCCCUGAGCAGAACCAGCCGGGGGUGCUCCACCCGCCCCAGGGACAUCCGCAACAUCUUGCCGCCCAGCCUGGCCAGCACUUGGGUAGCAACCUUUACUUGAAACAGCAGUUGCAAGAGCAACAGAGACACCACCUGUACCAUUUGCAACACCACCUGACGCAGCCCGACGCCGCGCAGCGCCACUCGCUACACCAGAGGGCGCUCCAGCAAGAGCAGCACGCCCAGAAGAAGAGGGGGCUGGUCCGAGGCGGCCAGACCGGCUCGCCCGCCGCCGUCGCCAUGCAACAGAAGCAGCAUCACCUGGAAAAGCCCGGAGUCCAGCAGCAGCGCUCUCAUCCGCAACAGGCUCCACAUCAACAGCACGUGCAGCAACAGCAGCCCGCCCAGCAGCAUGCGCAGCAGUCCCAUCAACAGUCGCAGCAGCAUCAGCCGGCGCAGCACCAACAGUCGCAGCACCAACAGCACCAAGCGCCCACGCAUCAAACGCAGCAGCAGCACCAACAACAACAACAACACCAUCAACAGCUGCAGCAGCAACAGAACUCCCAUAGCAGGCACCAGCAGCAUCUCCAACAACAGAUACAACAACAGCAGCAGCAGCAGCAGCAGCAGCACUUUAGACACCAGGAGAAGAGCUGUGAGGCCCAAGCUGCAGGAGCCAGAGUCCACCACAACAACCACCUGGCUCAGCAGGACCACCUCAAGCCUGGUCAGGACCACACUGCCAUGCAGAGGAUGAUGAGUUCGCGGACUCUGGAUCAGCAGCAGCAGCAACAGCUCAUCUCCCCGCCCAGUAAUCCGGCGUCCCGUUCGUCCGACCUGUCGUGCGCGCCGUCACGCCAGGAGCGGCACCGCGUCUCCAGCUACUCUGCCGAGGCACUCAUCGGUAAAAGCUCAACGAGCGGCGAUCAGCAGCAGCGCAUGGCGCACCACCUCCAGCCAGGCCGGGGCGGCGCCGGCGCGCCCGAGCAGGGCGACCCGCGGGGCUACAUGGACGCGUCGGGGAGAGCUAAGGCCAACGUGGCGCACAACCCGCAGGGCCGGCUCCCCUCGGACCACCCGGGGUCGGCCGACGUUCAACGCGUGACGGAGUGUCCGCCCUUCAAAGCUAUGGCUGCGGGACCGGGUGCGCAUCAGCUCGGUGGUUUCGAGGCUCAGGUUUCCCGCGGGAGCGACAUGGCCCCCAAGUCGCAGAGGGCGCAGCAGCAGGGAACAUUCAGAAUGGGCGUCGGGCCUCCGGUGGAUGGCAGGAACCGCGGCGGCUACUCGAGCGUCCACCUCGGCCCGCAGGGAGCGCACGUCGGACCCUCGCUGCUACGCGAACAAGAAGCUUGCCACCAGAGCUUCAUGCAGAGCCUCCUGUCCCCCGAGGGGAACCACCAGAGGGUGGCGCAGUGCUGCCCUCCCGUCAGCAUGGACUACAGCUGCGGGCCCGGAAGCUCCUCGGGGGACAUCCAGGCGAAGGCGUCAAGCCCCGGCCAGAAGCCCUCGGCAAUGAACAAAACCCACAUUUCUCAGGUCAACAGUAAUAUGCACGUCGGGGGCCGGGCGGCCCACCUUCCCGCUCCGCACGGCGGCUCUGAGCCGGGCCGCCCCUCGGCCCCCUCCAGGCCACCCGUCAGCCAGCACUCUCGCCACGCGCAGCCCGCCAAGCUGAGACCGGGCGAGCGCCCCCGGUCGGGAACGCUGCGACCCGGCAACCCCUUCGAGCCCGAGGGCCACCUGCCUCUCCCGUCCGGAGGCGGCGUGCUGCUGGGCCGGCCCCAGCCGGGCGCCGAGGCGCGGCGCAGCGCCAUCGUUCGCUUCAUGGCGGACGGUGCCCAGGUGCCCGGCGACAACAACCUGGUUCCUGAGCAGCAUCUGACGCAGAAUUUCGGCUUCCCGUUCAUCCCGGAGGGGGGCAUGAACCCUCCCAUCAACGCCAACUCCACCUUUAUCCCGCCCGUCAGUCAGCCCAACGCCUCCCGCACGCCCUCCCUGCUGCCCGUCGAGCCUCAGAACACCUUACCCUCCUUCUACCCGUCCUACUCGCCGGCCGCCCACCCCAGCCUACCGGGCGAUGUCACCCUACAGUACUUCUCCAACCAGAUGUUCACCAGCCCGAGCGCCGACAAGUCCAGCGCCCCGCCGCCCCUCAACAACCGCUUCGGCUCCAUCCUGUCCCCUCCGCGCCCCGUCGGCUUCGCGCAGGCCAGCUUCCCGCUGCUGCCCGACAUGCCCCCCAUGCCCAUCGCCAAUUCGUCGGGCAUCACGCCGCAUAUCUCCAACUUCAGCCUCACCUCGCUCUUCCCGGAGAUCGCCGCCGGGAUGCCCGCCGAUGGCUCGGCCAUGCCCAUGUCGCCGUUGCUGUCGCUCGCCAACGCGUCCGCCGCCGACUCGGGGAAACAACCCAACAGGCCCGCGCAUAACAUCAGCCACAUCCUGGGACACGACGGCAGCUCGGCCGUGUGACGUCCCGAGUUCGCUAGCCUCUUUUGCACAGAGAUAACAAAAACUGACUGUACCGUAGAUCUAACUGAACAUCUGUGUGAAAGGGGCUACUGUUUACAUGACUGUUUCCAUCACUUCAUAUUUUUUUUUUUUUUUUCUAAGGAUAUUUUAUGGGCAACGUAAAACAAUCCAGUGUAUGUUUGUAACAAGAAUUUUGUUUUAUAUCUGUUGUCUAAGAAGAAACCUGCAGCGGUAAUGUAAUUAACUAACUUAUAUCAGGUUUUACUGUACAGAACCAGGACUGUUUUGUAAAUACAAACCUUUCAUAUCAGAAGGAUAGAUUGUGUAUUUGUACAUAGAUAAAGAAAAUGAAUUAAUAAAGUUUAUAAGGGGACGUUUAAAAUUUUUGCCUACCGAAAAUCUGUCUUACCACCAGAUGGCGCGCUAUGAUUAAAGAAAAACGUUGAA